AUAAAAGAUGGUAAAAUAGAGUCCCUUUACUUUGCGUAUCCAGUAAAGGCUUCCUACCUGUUACAGAAAGAUACGUCAAUAUUCAUAUGUAAUUAUGAAGAAAUGGAUUUCGGUGAUGUGGUUUCCGGCAUAAGUGCCGAUGAAGAGCUUCAACCCGGUCAACUUUACUUUGUGUUGCCGUUAAGCAAACUGAAACGUAGGCUUAAGGCAGAGGAAAUGGCAGCAUUAGCUGUAAAAGCUAGUUCUGCAUUGAACAAUUGUGGCGGUGAGAAAUACUGUUAUCGCCGUAAAGGUUCAGAUUUCUUAGUAGAAAAAAAAGGGAAAAGAAGAGAUAAUAACGAUUCCGCCGCCGCUGCUGCGGAAUUGAGAAGAGUGAGGAGUACUGGUGGUAGUAGGAGGAUAGGGAAGUUUACGGCGAGAUUAACUGCAAUACCUGAGUAGAUUUAACUUUUGGGGGAAAUCAAACUGUUCAUUUUAAUAUUUUUUUCAUUUUUGUCAAUAUAGUAGAAAAUUAGUUGAGGUUAAUAUUCAAGAUCUGCUCUUGGGUUAGUGAGUA